AUGGAAUGGUGUAAUGAUGUAUUUGAUAUUCUUAAUGAAGAUGAUGAAGAUCUUGAAAGUAUCAUGGAAGAAUAUAAUCAAGAUUUUGAUUUUGAUUAUUUAAAUACGACUAUAGAUGAAGAAGAAAUGUCCAUCGAAGAGGAAGGCGACGAAGAGAACAAUAUCAUUAAAAAUGAACAGAAGCAUGAAACUAUUGGUGAGGAAUUUCUACCGCAAAACUUAAGUCAAUUAUCAACACAAGCUGAAAAGAAUAACCGAAAAGAACAAGAAGACUAUGUUAAUAGUAAUAAUACACGAUCAACAUCAGAAGUUGUUUCGAAAAAAAUUCGUACAUGGUAUGAUUAUGAAAACGAACCAGGUCAUCCAAUACACGACUAUUGCCAAACAUUAAACAAUAUAUUCGACAAAAUAAUAAUCGAUCAUGUAAAAGAAAAUAUCACGCAUAUGUCAAUUGAAGAUGUACGACAAUUGGCUAUUUUAAAGCAUAAGAUUGUUAUGACUGAACUAAAUAUAAAACUUUGGACACUCUAUCUAAAGUCAGGUACGGGUCAAUGGGAAACAUUGGAAAGUGUCAACACCAAUGUGGAUCAACGUGUAUGGCCAAUGGCUAUUCGAAAAAUGUUCGCAUCGCCAUCGACAACCAUCGAUACGAAUCAGAAUAAUGAUCAACAAAAAUUAUAUGAAACGAUCGUUUCUCAACAUCUAGAACAAUUAAAUCAACAAAUAGAAAUCUAUCUUAUGGAAUAUCAUGACAAGAAAAGUAGUUUCAUCGGUCUGACAGAUUGCAUGGAAAAGGAUAUUGAAACAUUUGUUCAACAACAUAGUCUAGUACCAUUUAAAUUAAAAUUAAACUAUAAAAUGACUAUCUUAGAAUAUGAUUACAAUGAUGAACUACUUGAACGUGAAUAUUUACGACAAAAUCCUACUGAUUAUCAAAAAAAUGUUGCUCAACAUCUUUAUGAUAUAGCAUAUACAUAUGUACAAGCAAAAUGCGAAUUGAUCGAAUUAAAACAACGAAUUCUUUGUAAUAAACCACCAGAAUUCAUUUAUACUAAAGCCUUAUCUAUGAUAUCAACAUCGAUGUUGUACUCGACUACAGAUGCUAGUGUGUGUCAACGACACAUAGAUCAAGAAGAAAAAAUCUUACAAGAAACAAUAACAGAUAUGAUGACUGAAUCGAUAACUGAAGCAGAAAAGAAAAUUCUUCGAUGUCGACAGUUACUCAAUGAAGAUAUUCAUCGAGUGUCGAUCAAUGAUAAAGAUAUGAAUGAGAGAUUUUCAGAAGAAUUAGUAGAUCUUAUUGAACGACGUGUUAAGAUUAUUAACCAAAAAUCAGAUUAUAUGUCGAAUUUUAAAAUCAAUUAUUGUUUACGAAAUCAUUUCGAUGACUUACAAGAUACAUUGACGAUACCGAAUAUUCGCUUUUCACCGACCAUUAUUAUGGGUACUGUAUUACAUUUAUUGACGGAAGAACAAUUAAAAUUAUUAAAUCGUGGACCAACUUAUGUUCCACCAUGUCAAAUGUAUGUAUCAUCAUCAUGUCUAUCUAUAAAUGAGAUCAUUCAAAAACAAUAUAAAUCAUUACAAUAUGAUUUAAAUAUUGUUUAUGAUAAAUUGAAUGUGAAUUUAACUCAAAGAAUGCUUAUCAGUAAAAAAAUUAAAGAAAAACUGACCAAUGUCUUUUCUAUUUCAUUGCCCAACUCUCUACGUGAACGUGCUCUCUAUGAAAAACAAUUGGUACAAUCCAUUCGAGAACAUUUCAAAGUAAAUGAUCUGAUCUUACGACGAACAGCUGAUCAACAAAAUGUUUUCUAUCUUGGUAAUAGAAAUGAAUUUGACGAGAAAACAAAUGACUAUAUGAAAACAACGGAUGCGUUUCAACUAUGUGAAAGUGUUGAUGAACAAAAUCUUCAAACCAUGCAUAACUAUUUAGCAAACAAGAUCAAAUCAUUGAACGAAGACUUUCAAGUGAUCUUCUCUCAUAACGAUUAUAAAGAUAUACGUGACAAACUUUAUAUCAGUCUGGAUAACGUGAAACUACCUUAUUUAUACUUUUUGCCUGAUAUAUCUCAAAAUAAGGGUCUACGUGUACAACCAGUCGUCGUUGCACAACAUAGCAUCACAGCUGAGUUAGCUCACUUUUUAGAUCAACUAUUACGACCUAUCGUUCAACGUCAACUUGAAUCGACAACAUUCGUGAAUGGAGCUGAUUUUAUUCAAAAACUCAAUGAUUAUAUUGAAAAAUCAGAACAUCGUCUACAUUCCACAACAAAAUUUGCCACUAUCAAAAUUACAAAUUAUUAUGAUAUGAUUGAUCAUGAUGCAAUGCUGAUUGCACUUCGAGAUUUUUUUCGGUACACCGUCGUGGUACCAGCAAUUGGAAAUAUAUCGAUUGGUAAAAUUUAUCGUUUAAUUGCUUUAUUUCUGCGUAAUAAUCAAUUUUAUUAUGAUCAUAAAAUUUAUUGUUUUGCUAAAGGUAGCCCAAUGAGUUUUCCAUUGACAGAAACUUUAUGUAAUAUUUAUAUAUUACAAUGGCAAAAUUUACUCUUUAGACAAAGUUCAUUAGAAAAUGAAUUUUAUGGCAGGUGUAAAAAUCAACUUCUUUUCACAUGGAAUGACACACAUGAGAAAUGUCUUAAUAUGAUUAAAAUGAUGAGCCGCGAAACGUUCGAUCUAUGUGUAGACAUAGAAACAAGUUCCUGUGCUCGAUUCUUAAAUGUCUAUAUUGAAAAUCAAAGUGGUGUCUUAUAUAGUCGUGUAUCUCACGAUCAAACUCGACAACAAUAUAGUGUACCCUAUGUCGUUGGUAAUUCAAAAGUAGCACAUAGUCAUUGGCUUCGUUCAGCUUUAAUUCGUGCUGUUCGUUAUUGUACAUCGGUCUAUGAUUUUAAUCACGAACGUAUCUAUCUCGAAGUAACUUGUUUAGCGAAUGGUUAUCCAUUAGAAUUUAUUGAAAAACGAAUCGAUCGUUUUUUUAAACAGUUUGAUGCUGUAUCACUUCGUUCAGUUUUGGAUCAAGAUGUUUACAAAAAGCUUCGUCAACGAUCAUUUAAUUUCAUCAGUGAACAACGACAAGUGUUGAAAACAAAUCAAGAAUUAGCAAAGAAGAAGCAACGUUUUCGUUUAUCCUACUUAUAUGAAUUUGGUUCAAAACAUAAAUUUAAUAAAGAAUUACAAGGCAUUUUAUCUCAGUAUUUAAAUCCAAAGGAUCAAUAUUCAAAUCAUAAGAAAAUAAAAUUUAUUCUUACGACAAAAUCGCAACAUUCAUUAAAUGCUUUAUUAAGUGAACAAAAACCAACACAUGACUUAUUGAAUAAAAAUACAACAAUGUUUUGA